AUGACGCUCUACUACAGUCUUGUCUUCGCCCUCCUCGUCUUCGAGAUGGGCGUGUUCAUGUCCCUCAUCAUCCCACUCCCUUUCACUGUCAAGAGGAAGCUCUUUGAGUUCAUCUCCGAGAACCCCCUCGUCGCCAAAUUACAAUACGGCUUGAAGAUUACAUUCAUCUUCAUCCUUAUCCUGUUCGUGGACAGCGUCAACCGUGUCUACCGCGUGCAGGUUGAGCUGGCUCAGGCCAAGUACCAGGGUGGAGCGGCUGGCGAGCGUAUGGAAGUCCAGGCUCGCAAGUUCUACUCCCAGCGCAACAUGUACCUCUGCGGCUUCACCCUCUUCCUCUCGCUGAUCCUCAACCGCACCUACGUCAUGAUCGUCGAUACUCUCCGUCUGGAGCUGGAAGUUAAGCAGCUCAAGGGCGAGGCCCCAAAGAGCGACAAGACCUCGUCUGGGCUCGGCGAAGCCGGUGGACUGGGCGAGAUUGGCCGCCUGAAGAAGGAGCUUGCUCAGCGUGACCGCGACAUCGAGACCCUCAAGAAGCAGAGUAAGGGACUGAGUGACGAGUACAACCGCCUCGGUGACCAAGUCUCGACUGCAGAUGGCACUCCUAAGAAGGACCGGUAA